GAAACAAAGAAGAAGCAAACAGCGCCACUGACAUCUCUUCUGCUCAAACUGAUAGAUUUUAGUUUCAUCUUGAAUACAUAAAAGCAUGUCGGCUGCUCUCGAGAAGCCGCAGAUUAUCGCGCACAUCCAGAAGAGCUUGAACUACACGGUGUUCGAGAGCAAAUGGAUUCCGUGCAGCGCCAAGUUUGUUUGUAUGGGAAACUUCGCGAGAGGAACCGGAGUGAUGCAGAUCUACGAGAUCCAGCACGGGGAGCUGCAGCUGGUCAGAGAGAUAGAAAAAGCCAAGCCAAUCAAGUGUGGGACAUUUGGAGCCACGUCUCUCCAGCAGAGGCAUCUGGCCACCGGAGACUUUGAUGGAAAUCUUAACGUUUGGAAUCUGGAAGUGCCCGACUGUCCGGUGUACUCAGUAAAAGCACACAAGGAGAUCAUAAACGCCAUUGAUGGAGUGGGAGGUCUGGGCAUCGGGGACGGGGCUCCGGAGAUCGUCACUGGAAGUCGAGACGGUACAGUGAAAGUGUGGGACUCCAGGCAGAAAGACACGCCGGUGGUCAACAUGGAGCCCACGGAGGGAGAAACCAAGAGGGACUGCUGGACGGUCGCUUUCGGUCAUGCUUUCAACGAUCAAGACCGCUGUGUGUGCGCUGGAUAUGAUAACGGCGACAUCAAGCUGUUCGAUCUUAGAAACAUGUCUUUACGGUGGGAGAAAAACAUCAGAAAUGGGGUGUGCUCUGUUGAAUUUGACAGAAAAGACAUCAACAUGAACAAACUAGUGGCCACAUCUUUAGAAGGCAAGUUUCAUGUGUUCGACAUGAGGACGCAGCACCCCAGCAAAGGCUUCGCUUCAGUCUCAGAAAAGGCUCACAAAUCCACAAUAUGGCAAGUGAGGCACUUACCUCAAAAUCGUGACGUCUUCAUGACAGCCGGCGGAGCGGGAAACCUGCAUUUAUGGAAAUAUGAGUAUCCAGCACAGAGGAGUAAAAAGGGAGCAGAUGACGUGGAGAUGGGAGUUGCUGGAUCUGUGAAUCUCCUCCAGAACGUGACUCUGUCCACGCAACCCAUCUCCAGUCUGGACUGGAGCCCCGAUAAACAGGGUCUCUGCGUCUGCUCCUCAUUCGACCAGUCCGUACGAGUGCUUAUAGUCACCAAACUCAACACUGUCUGAGCCGACAGUACAUCUCUUUUAUUCUCUAACAGACUGGAAUAUCUGAUGACUGUUUACAUGCAGUCUUAAAGGGAUAGUUCACCCCAAAAUUUAAAUGUACUCACUAUUUACUCUCCCACGUGUGGUUUCAAAUCGUUAUUAAUCUGUUGAACACUAAUGAAGAUAUUUUGAAAAACAUGUACAUUUAAAAACCUGUAACCAUUGACUUCCAUAGCAGGAAAAACAAAUACUGUGGAUGUCAAUGGUUACCGGUUUUCAGCAUUUUUCAGAAUAUCUUCUCUUGUGUUCAACAGAAACUCUUAAAGGUUUGAAAGAAGUAAAGGAUGAGUAAAUGAUGAUUUUGGGGUGAACUAUCUCUCAAGUAAAAGUGCAAUUGUAUUUGAGUUUGUUUUUUACAGACAAGUGUUCUGAUUCUUUGUAAUACUGGUCGAAAUUGCGACUUUGCUUUGCUAGCACUGGUAAAAUGGGUUCUUUAUGCACAAAGGCCUACAUUGCUAUGGUAAAGUUGUUAUUAUUAAACUUUAAUAAUAAAAUCAAAACAUGAAUUUCUAAUAA